AUGUUAUUCCAGAUUCUUGUUGUUUCUGCCAUCGCUCUUACGUCCAUCCUUGCCGACAACACGCACCCAGUCAAGAACCGAUUCCCAGAUACGGCCACAGUUAAAAUCGAUAAUGGUGCGGGGGUCGUGGCCACGAUUGAUUUCGUCAAAAUGAAGAAAGAAAACCGUCCCGCAGACGCCUCUAAGUUCAAAGCUGACAGAGCUUUAACCAGUGUUGCGGUCAAGUAUUCUGGAUUGGAGGCUGGCAAAGAGUUUACCUACAUCAUUCAUGAGAAGGCGAUUCAAGGGAAUAACUGUGACACAGCAGGCGACCAUUUCGAUCCAAGGAAUGUGAACCCAGCCAACGCUCCAGAUUUCGUUUGCGAUCGCCACAAACAAGUUUCCCAUUGUGAAGCCGGGGACUUGUCCGGAAAGCAUGAUAAACUGAAAGGAAAUGGUGCAACAGAAACAGUCUUACCGGUCUACUACGACGGUAAUCUCCGAAUGUCAUAUUCUAUACAUGGGAUCCUCGGGAAAAGCCUUGUGAUUAAGGAUGCAGAUGGCAAGACGGUUGGUUGUGGUAACAUAGUCGAUCCAGCGCCUGCUACCUGA